AUGGUGUUGCUCGGGCUCAUGGUGCUCCUUUUUGCUCUGGUUGUCUCUGACCUCUACAGCCUGCCCUGGUUCAUAAAUGUCUCUGAGAGCCAGGGCCCUGGCACCAUCCUUCACUCUUUCUCCUUCAACUGCUCCUCCUCCACGCCCACCCUUGAGUUGCUCAAUGUGCAGCCACCCACCACUUUCUUCAACCCACCCAGCCUGACCAGGUGGCAAGGGAUCUAUGUGGGCAAGGUGACCUUGAGCAGCUCAGCUCGUCUGGAUGCCCUAGCAGUGAACCACUAUAAGUUGCAGCUGCGGUUCACAUGUGGCAACCGUGUAAUGGAGGGACCACUCUCUGUGGAUGUACAGCGGGACCCUGGCCAUAUCCAGUGUGUUGGUCGAUUUGCCAGUCCAGCUGGAGAAAUCAUUCAGGUGCCGGAGACAGUCACACCUGGGGCCCGGCUAUACACGCUGCUGCUCCCAGGUUUAGAACUUCAGGGAGCCCAGAUGAACAUUAUCAGUGCCCAGGACCCUCCACAUUUCCCCGGACCUUUCUCCAUCAAUGAGCAGGGUUGGCUGCGGGCACCGUCCCAGGGCCUCAAAGGCCAAGCUCAAAAGGUCUUCCAGCUGCAGAUCUUAGUGUCCUUUGGACAAGGCCAUCACUGCCAUGGGAUGAUGAUGGUGAAGGUUUUGCCUACUCCCUCCGGCCAGGUCUCCUUCCUGAAGCAGGCCCAGAACGUCACCAUCCCUGAGAACUGGGUCCCUGGAAGCGAGGUAGUUCAGGUCCGGGCCCGGGGCUUCGACGUGCGCUACGAAAUCCUUUCCCCGGUGCCCAGCCCACUCUUCUCCAUCGGACGCACCGACGGCAUCGUCCGGACCACCGCGCCCUUGCAGGCGGCUCGCGCCAUAGGCGCUGCAAUCACCAGGGUGCAGGUGAAGGCCUUCGAGCAUCUCCAGCCGUGGACCAGUGCUGAGCUCGAUUUCACGGUGAACGUGCGGCCAGUCAACCGCUGGCCCCCGCGCUGCCUCCCGGCACUCCUGGUGACUCAAAUACCCGAGACUGCGCCAAUGGGCACCGUGCUGAACACCCUCACUUGCGCUGACACGGACUUUGCUGACGUCACCCUAGACUACCAGCUGUGGUUCCACAGCCCUCCUGGCUCUGCCAGCCUCCACCUUCGCGACAAGACCCUUGAGGUGAAUGCCACACUGGACUGUGACACUCCUGGAGCCUGCUUCCAGCAUGCAGCCUCCAUCCUGGUGCUUGAUGGUGGUCAGCCCCAAAUGACCACUGAGGUGCCAGUACUGGUUAUGGUGACACCUGUCAAUGAGUUCUCCCCAGCCUGUGCCCCACUCACGUUCUGGGUCCGGGAGGAUGCAAGGCCACACACUCUGCUGGGCUCUGUGGUGGGCACGGAUAUGGAUUACCCACACAACAGCAUCAAGUACUACAUACCUGGCGGACCUGCCACCUUUGCUGUGGACCCUCUCAGCGGGAAGGUUCACCUCCUGGGGCCUUUGGACUAUGAGCAACAGAGGUUGUACAGGCUCACUGUCCUGCUGAUUGACCAUAGCCAAGACCAGGAUCCCACCCGUCACCGCUCAGGCUCUUGUACCAUUACCAUUGAGGUUGAGGAUGUGAAUGACCAUGCUCCUGAGUGUGACCCCCCAUUUCAGGAACUCACCAUCUAUACUCCACUGGGCCGUAGCAUAGAGGUGACAAAAGUGUCAUGCUGGAUCCCCCAGGAGCCACAGCGCCUGGCGUUCUCCUACAGCAUCAUGGGAGGGAAUAGCCAGAGCCGAUUCAGCCUGCAAGGGGCUGUCCUGGUGCACAAUGACUUUGUGUUGGGGCCCCCCUGGCCAGAGCCGCCCUGUACCUAUGAGCUAUUGAUCCGUGUGGCCGACGCAGGCCCCUCCAUCCCUCACCUCAGCACCACAGCCACCAUCACUGUGCAUCUAUUUCCCUGGAGCACCAGCACGGUGGCCACCAGCAACCACAGAACGACAGUGCCCUCAAUGAUGCCACCCCUGCUCAUGAAAAAUACCGAGGCUUUCUGGCAGCCGGAGCCCUGGUUUGUGGUGGUGCUGACAGCAACCGGUGCCCUUCUCCUCUUGGCUCUGGGCUGGCUCCUCAGCAGGCUCCUCUGCAGGUUAGCUAAGGUGCUGCAGGCACCAAGCAAACCAGCCCAGGCUCUGCUGCUAAACAGCAUACAGAGAACUGAGGGGUCCGUUGAGGGAUUCAUGGAGGCACCAAGGAUGGAGAUGUCCCAGGCACCCAGCAGCAUCAUAAGCCUGCAUUUUGAUGGCAGAGCACAGGACUCCCGUACAGGCAGAGACUACCUGUUCAACACACGGACAGGAUCCCCCCGCUGGCUCUGA